AUGUCUUUCCUCGCGUCCUGCUGCGGCUUUGGCCGUAAAAACAAGGCAGACGACACGACCCCAUUGUUACCUCGCUACGAGGAUGACACUGCUCGUGAGCGGGCUCUUCAUCAGAAGAUCCAUACUUAUCAGAUGCUAAGGGCUCUAUCCAAGGGCUAUAUGCCAUCGAAUGAACAGACCAUAGUCAACCUCCGAACCCUCCUCGCAUCCGACCUCCUCAAUCCAAACAACCGUGAGCUCAGCGAUUCUGGACGUGCUCUAAUUCGAAAUUGUCGAACAUGGCUAAAGCUAUUCAUCCAGCUUCUACAGCACAAAAACAGCGAAGACCAGAUCCAAGACUUCAUCUGGUACCUGACGAAAUCUCGAAUCUCCCUUGACGUCAACGAUAUCUCGCAUUCCGCCUCCAAAGUCAAAGCCAGGGCCGAUGCCCAAGCAGCAUACCAGAGCUUCCGGACUGUCGGCAGCCUCCUCCUCACCAACUCUGAUUUCAGACUGUUCGUGAAUGAUGUUGCCACUAUAGGAAGAGAAGUGCUGGCGGACACUGCCUUUUCCUUGUCAGAGGCUGCCGAGAAGACUGGCAAGCAACUCGAGCUGUCUGCCGAGGAAGAACAGGCAAUCUCCAAGCCAGGCGCCGACGAAAGCAUUCAGCCCUCCAGGGAGGACGUGGAGGAGGCGGCGGCACAAAAAGCAACAGAUGAGAUUGCUUCGCAGUUGAAAAAAGUUGGGACAGAUACUGUGGAGAGCGCCAAAGAGCAUAUCGGCAGUGACCAGGGCGACACUUUGCUAUAUCGUCUCAAACAAGUCAUUCUCAAUCUGAGGAGUAGAACUGAUUAUCACGACUCCGUGUCGACUAUUUCCAAGCUGAUCCAGAGAUAUGCCAUUGCAUAUUCCCGUGUCGCGGAUGCGACCAUCUCCACUGCGCAGGAAGAUGUCCACACCAAUCCGGCAUUAGACCGCGCUAUACGCAACUUUUGGGAACUGAUGAGCAGUUUUGGCGAUCGUGAACAAUGGGAACGACUGGAACAAGCCUGGAACAAAGUCCUGAGUCACGCCAGAUCCGAUCCUCAAUUUGAAAACUUCAUGGUCGACGUCGGAAACACCGUGCAGCGAAUGUUCACCGAUCCCGAGUUUUUCGACAAUGCCGAUAAGAAGUUGGACGAGCUCAAGGAUAAAUCUGCGAGACUGGGCAACGAAUCUGAGUUCCGCACCGACUUUGACCAGUUUCUACGACAGGCACAGGUCACCAUCAAUUCGGUCAUGGAGGACAAGGAUGUCAACGGACUACUUCUAGCUACGCGCCGCAUCUACAGCGCUCUGUCUCCACCGAACCGCGUCGUGAACCCUGACCUAAUCACCGAUUCGAUCCAUAUCUUCCUCCCGUUGCUGAUCCGCAGCGUCCAACACAUACCCAUACCUCGCAUCGAAGUCUCGGUGCCGGAAAUGGACCUUCUCCUCGAAAACCUUGUCUUGGAACCAGGUCGCAACGUCAAUUCCACCUCGUUCCUCCCUUACAGGCUGCUCGUCUCGACCAAGAACGAUCUCGAGAUUCGCAAGACACAUUCCAAAAAGACCGUCUCAUCCACCACAUCCCUGGUGACCAUAACCGUCAACGGUCUCAGCGUUGCAGCACAGGAUCUCGGCUUCUGGAUCCGUGGCCACGCAGGACUCGUUCGUUUCGCCGACGAAGGCAUCGCAAGCUUCUAUCUCGACGAAAGAGGCAUCGACAUCUCAUUGGACCUCGAAAUCGGUCGAGAGCGUCUGGAACAAAUCCUGGCUCUGCGGGGUGUCCGUGUCCACAUCCACAAACUCGACUACGAGCUUCGCAAAUCCAAACUGUCCUGGCUGGGGUGGUUGUUCAAGCCACUGCUGAAGCACCUGGUCCGUCGGUCGUUGGAGAAGACCAUAGCCGAGAAGAUCGUCGAGGGCCUGAGGGCCACGAACCGCGAGCUGGUGUUUGCCCGUGAACGGCUCCGGGCCACGCGCAUCGCCGAUCCUCAAGACGUCGUGACUUUCCUCAAGGCCGUCGCGGCGCGUCUCACACCGGCGGAGGAUCCAGAUGUGUACACCCGAGUGGGCGUCGAUGCGCCCACCCGUGGAGUUUUCAAGGAUGUCUACACUCCUGGCAGCCUCGUCAAGAUGUGGCAGGAAGAAGCCGUGAAGGCGGAAGAGACCGUGGAGGAAAAUGAAGAGACCGGCGGAGGAUGGAGGAAUGCCAUUUUCGACGUCAAUGUUGUUUGA